AAGCAGAAGAAGCAGAAGAAGAAGAAGAAGUCGUUGUUUACAGAGAAAAACAUAGCAACACUUCCGCCAGCUGUUUGACAAAAAUGGCGCAAACCAAAGCUUCCAGUUGGUGUAGCGUACCGUUAUGCUCAACGAGCAAAUUAAAACAGCCGUAUUUGAGCUUCCACUGUUUUCCGAGUGAUAAACAGUUACUUAAGAAGUGGGUCCAGGCAAUUAGGAGAGAAGAAGGCAAGAAUUUCACUAUCAAAAGAGGCAGUACCUACGUCUGUAGUCUGCACUUCAAAUCAGAGGACUUCACUCCAGCAGAGGGACGAAAACGUCUCAAGAAAGAUGCAGUACCUUGCCGUUUCAAGUGGAAUGAGUGGCAAGAGACCAAGCGCAGCUCAGUAUCUGAACGUACCAGCACUCACCUGAAUGGUGAUGUUCGUGAGAUAGAGAGAAACAUAAGAGAGACCGAGAAGGACAGUGUCGCAGAACCAGUAGCGCCUGAUCAUGACUACAAUAACCCUGCAGCUCCAGUGUUUGAAAAGAGCCGUCAACACAACACUAAAACCAUGGAUUUCAAGUGGAUGACCGUAAGCGCUGCCUCCACAGGGGGCCACCUCCAGUGUUCCUUCUGCAAGUACCAGUGCAAAAGCAAUGCCACAUAUCAAAUCCACAUUGGCACCAGUCACCCCUUUCACUGUGAGGAGAUGGAUGUGGGUCGUCUGGGAAAGAUCAUCUUCUACCAGAAGAGCGCCAAGCUCUUCCACUGCCACGAGUGCUUCUUCACGGGAAAGUCGUACACCCGCGUUUAUGACCAUGUCCUUGUCAGCCAUUCCUUCUCGAGGAAAGACAAGACAAACAACAACAGAGACCCCAAAGACUACUUGAGCGACAGCAACGACAGCAAAGACGUCCCUGACAACGACAACAAUGACGAAGAGAGGCCAGAAGGGGGAGACGGCGAGGCCAAACCCAGGGACGCAGUCUGCCUCCAAGCUCCCGCCAAGUUCGCGGCCCUGAACUCUGCCAAGAACGAGGAGGCGGAGCUCUAUGAUGAAGACUCGCAACAUUCCAGCUCUCCCAGCCAGCCUCCGAAGAGGAAGAGGGAAGUGGCCAGCGAUGAGGAGGCGCCCCCUGACGGCGAGGACUUCCCCGACUUUGCAGGCAAGCCGGAGCGUGAGGCGGACGAGACGCGGGAGGAGAAGCAGGCGGAGGAGACGCUGCUGUCCAAGUACUUCCGGCGCAUCGGGGGGCGCUACUACUGCAACAUCUGCAACUGGCGCGGCAAGAUGAAGGGCUUCAUCUUCCACCACGUCAGCAAGAAGCACAACAUCCCCAGGCCGUUUGCCUGCAAAGAGUGCAGCAAGUCCUUCCUCUUGGAGAGCAUGCUCCUCAGCCACGUCAGCAUGUUCCACAAGCAGGGGAUCUACCAGUGCCCCUACUGCGCCUUCAAGUCCAACUACCUCCGCGGCGUCCGCCGCCACCUCAACAACUGCAACGUCAAGCAGGGGGAGUGGUCGUAUGACAGCGACGAGCAGGACUGAGGCACGGGUGGCUGAACUGAAACGUGACUGCAUGCGUCUGUAUUAACUGAUAGACGUUUGCCGAACUAUGCCUCAGUUUUUUUUGUUUUUUUUUUAAUGAAAAGAAUAAGCAAAUUGACAGAUUGUAUGACUGUCUGUUAUUGUGUGCCAGCAAUGGAGGGCUGAAGCGUGUGAAUCCUGUAAAAACAGCCGUAUCAAUGGGAAGAGCGUACUGGACUGUAACAGGGACCUUGUCUUACCUUCAGCUCUCCAGCGAAGUAUGCUAGUGUUCGGCGGCUUUGCUUAGCCAGUCGCUGCCGUGCUACAGGUUUAGCUUAACCCCAUGAAGAUGCGAUAUAAUUUGUCCUGUUCACUGUUACGACUUUCUGAUUAAGAGUUGCAGUGAAAUAAGCAAAGGAUACUGCACCUCAAUUUCACGAUUUCCUGAUUAGAAUAACACUAUUGUUACUGAAACCAAAUGUUAUGUUUUGGCACCCUUGUUGUAAUAGGAGGCUUGCCCCAUGUUGUACAGCUACUGUUCAGAAUGCUUGACCAAACCAUUCAAAAGAAGUGCUUGACUCUAGGAUUUAAACUAGCAUCAUCCUUGCCCCAAUUCUGACUAUCCAGCCACUACACCAACCUGCCUCUCUUUCAUAAAGUUCAAACAUGUUUACAGAUCAUAAUUUUACGUUCAGCCUGUCUAGUUGUGCUAUAUCUGAACGCAUUCCAUUACAGUAAACAGUAUUUAAGUUCAUUUUGAAGACUGCGGGAUUGAUGUUGACACCUUCUGUUGCACUCUGGAAGAUGUUUGUUUACUUCUCAACGUGCAUGCUGUUAUUUCAUGACCAUUACAUCAUGAACCAUGAUGAUAGGAAGAAAGUAGCCAGGUGCAUCACUGGACUUUGGCCACUUUUUGCAAGUCAAAAAAAUGGGAAGAAACGGUUCUCCUAUGGCUCUGACAAGCUAAAGCCUUGUAUCUUUAAGCUUCUUCUGUAUCUUUAUUUUCAAUGGUGCUCUUCUCCAGUGUAUUUAAAUUUUUGUCUGGCUCAUCUGAUCUGUCUGGAUUACAGCAUUCGGGGGCUUUUAGAGUAUUUAGACCUGAACUCUUAAAUUUUAAUUUCUCUCAGAAAACAUUUUUGUGUAAGGCCAUUGUGAUUUUUCUUUUUCAAAUAUGUUUUAUGGUUUUUUAUGUGUGUUCCUGUGGUGCAUUUGUGUAGAUGAGUAACCAAUGGAGGUUUCAAAAGCUGGCUUCCAAAGUUUUAAAUUUCACUUUCGUAAAUAUUGUAGUCUCUGCGAAUGCAGUAAUACAUCUGAAUACUACUGGUAGUGUUACACAAUUCAAUAUUUUGUUUAUUUUGUAGUUAGGCAGUUCAUGUUUUUAUACAGUGUUUUUAUACUAUGUUUAUCGAUUUGCUGGUAUUCUUUUAAUAGGAAUUAUGUGUUUACAUCAGAGGACUAAAACUCUGACGCAUCAUUGUGACAUUUUGCCUUGGAUAUCAAGCAAAGCAUCCUUAAUAUGUGUCAUAUUUAUCUCAUUGACAGUGGAGCCUUUCAAAUGACAUUUCAUUUAAUUUACAUGGAUGUGAAUGUGAAAAGCAGUUCAAAUGGAAAAUACAAAAUGGCUGCUUUUCAUUCAGAUUUGUUGUGAUGGCUGAGGCUGUAAGAGGUGUAUAACUGCUGAUACUAACUGCAUGUAGAGCAGGGUCAGAGGUCUAAGAUGAAAGGUCUUCAUCAGAGGUCAGGAUGGGGGUGGGAAGGCAUAUCUGAAACAGACAAAAAUCAUGUGAUGUCAUGCUAAUACAAUAGAAAUCAGUCUGCAGGCUGUUUGAUAAAAUUUUAGGAGUCAUGUUAAUAAGGCUAACAACUGUAGCUGUGCUAAUGCUAGUAGUAAUGGUGAUGAUAAAAAAAACCAUUGGUGUGCUAAUAAAGCAGCAUUGAAUUAGA